CUCAUUUUAGCCCCGCCUUAAUACACAUGGCUAGCUCAGGCAAGAGAGAGUUACUCGUUCUCUAUGGAAGUCAAACAGGGACGGCUCAAGACGUGGCCGAGAGAAUAGAGUUACUGGUUCUCUAUGGAAGUCAAACAGGGACGGCUCAAGACGUGGCCGAGAGAAUAGAGCGCGAGGGAAGGAGGCGAAGGUUCCAUGUUCAAAUUUAUGCCCUGGAUGAAUAUGACAAGUCUGGAUUGAUAAACACUCCUGUCUGUGUCUUUGUGUGUGCUACAACUGGCCAAGGGGAUCCUCCUGAUAACAUGAAACAGUUCUGGAGGUUUUUACUGAGGCGGAACCUUCCAGCAGACUCUUUAUUGCACCUCCAAACUGCUGUAGUAGGACUGGGAGACUCAUCUUAUUUAAAGUUUAAUUUUAUUGCAAAGAAGCUGUAUCGUCGUUUGGGUCAGUUAGGUGCAUCAUUCCUCCUUCCUCCUGUUUAUGGUGACGAUCAACAUGAUCUAGGUCCUGAUGCAGUAAUAGAUCCAUGGUUGGUUGACUUAUGGACUAAACUAGACACUCUAUACCCUCUCCCACCUGGUUUAUCCGUACUACCAUAUAAGGAAAGGUUGCCAUCAAGAUUUAAUAUUAAUGCUUAUUCUGCUCCGGUAUCAAAUACUGCCUUGAAGCCUCCUUCUCAAGCAAUGCCUGCUCUACUAUUGGACAAUUCUCGUCUUACUCCUUCAUCACAUUUCCAAGAUGUGAGACUAAUAACACUUGAAGGAUCUUUCCCACACUACUCCCCUGGUGAUGUGCUCAUGAUAGUUCCAGAGAAUACUUCAGAGUCAGUCGAGAGGUUCCUUCAAGUGACAGAGAUGACUCAUCUUGCUGAUCUCUCCUUGAAUAUAACAUCAAAUGAAGAGGGUAUCUCAGUCCCCCAGAGACUCUCCUCUCCUUGCAUUCUAAGGACACUGCUGAGAUGCUACUGGGACAUCCAGUCCGUACCUAGACGAUCAUUCUUUGAGAUAUUGUCAUGGUUUGCCGUGAACGAGUUAGAGAGAGAGAAACUUGAAGAGUUUGUUACUCCAGAGGGACAGGAGGAGCUGUAUUCAUAUUGUAACAGACCAAGAAGAACAAUUAUUGAAGUAUUAAAUGAUUUUCCUUUGACUGCUACUAAGAUCCCAGUCUCUUAUCUCUUAGACUUACUUCCUGUAUUGCAACCGAGAGCAUUCUCUAUUGCUUCAUCAGCAACAACUAAUCCUCAACAUGUUCAAAUUUUGGUGGCAGUUGUUGAGUAUAAAACUAAACUCUUUCAUCCUAGAAAGGUAAGUUCUUUAAGAUUCUAUAAACACGCCCAAUUUGGAAACUAUCAUUUAUAA